AUGCUGCGCUGUGUAGGCUUGGCCUGCUACGAGAUCGACGCUGCCAUCAUGCGAAACGCCCAGAGCUUAGUGAUACACCAGGACGUCUCCCAGCUGACCCUCCUGGUUCGUUUCAGUCUGUGCACAAGCGACCUGUGCGUGGUAAAGGGUCUCUUUGGCCUGACGGAUCUGGAGAACGGAUCUCAUGCCUGCCUCUUGGCAGCCACCGAAAGGGUAGUCAGGCUCUUCUGCUGCGACGACGACGACCUUGUGCAGCACGUGCGCGCCGUCACAGAACUCAUAGACAUGGAUGCGGCGUCGGAUGAGCAAUUGGCAGGCAGGCUGAUGCGAGCCAGCGGUGCCUUCUUCCCGGGCGCCAAGCAGGUCCUACGUGACCCGACGCACGCGACACGGCGGCUGCUUAGUCGUCCGUUCGCCGCCAUACCCCAGAUUGCCACGAUCCACAGCACCCUCGUCACCGGCUUGAAUGCCAUGCCGCACACCAUCCAGUGCAGCGGAGUCUUGGGCAAUGUUUUCUCCAAGCACUGUUCCGAGCUGGAUUCCCAUGCCGUAACCGGCAAGCGGAUCAAGUCUUUGCAGAUGAGACAUCAUCGGUUUGAUUCUGCACAGAAGCCAGCCUGCAGAAUGAUACUGUACAUCAAGCCAGUGAUCCUGACCGCCAUAUAUGCAGCAGUCCAUCGGAGUCUCGUGUUGCUCGCCAUGAUGAGCGACGCGGCCGAUGAAGUUAUCACUCUGCUGCGCGUGCUAGACACCGAGAAUUUCGAGAUGGCUGAGAUCAGUCUGGAGAUAGACAGCAUGCUGUCUCGCUUGAAGUACCUCUUCUUGCAGGAGCAUGUCUGGGACUGCGGCUACACGGCCUAUAUCCUCGAGGAGCUCAAGCAGCCCACGGCCUUCUUGGUUCGGGGUCAGCCGAAAACACUGGGCGGUGUGCCUAGUCGGGCGCUCCUACAGGAGUGCCUGGGAGUGAUGAAGACUUUCGUCUACCUUUGUUCUGAGACUGUGGUCGCAGAAUUCCCAGUGAUAGACAUCUGCUCUGCCUUCCGGAUUUUCGAUCUGUCCAUUAAAGGGCGCGACCGCGGUGCGGAGACAGCUGAGCACCUGCCUGACACGCGCGACUGCGCGGCCAGGCUAUGCCAAGCGUUCGACGUGCCCCUAGAGCCGUUGUUGCAUGAGUUCUGGGAUCACAGACGCAUCGCAAUGCACCACGCCAUCUCUCACGACUGUGGUUCUUUUGCUGCGUGGAGGGAAGCAGUCUACAAGACAAGUGCCAGGAGUGGAACUGCAGACCGUCAUCCAUCCGACCAUCUUCGUGAGCUCUUGAUUCGACUGGGUGCCUGGGGAGGUGGCACUACGUCGGGGGUUGAGCGGCAGUUCGCGCAGAAGCGCACGCACAUUACCGCCGAUAGAAAGACCAUGGAUGUUGAACUCCAAAGAUUGGAGAUGAAGAUUGUGUCCGACUUCGACCGCUGUGGCCCGGAGGACUGCGGUGAACAAGCUUUCGUCAAGAAGCGCCGUGAACAGACGCACUCUGCGGCCACAUUGGAGAACCGUGAGAAGAUCCGGCAGCAGGCCCUCGAAGAUGUGGAGGAGAGCAUGCUGGUCGAUCAGCGAGUGCAGGCAGAGCUGCAUUUCCAAGCUGCGAAGCAGCACAAAAACAAAAUCCAGGCCUACCUGGACGAUGCGGUCUUGGAGGACGAUGUUGAUCCCGAGAUGCUGCCAGUGAUCGAAGACUAUCUUGAUCGUCGCUCGCAAGUCGACCGGGAGCGCACGACGAGAACUGCUCGUAAGCACACCUUGAUGGCCACAGCUCCUCCGGCCAUCGGUAGGCGACUUGUCUUCGUGGACAAUGAGUGCCUCCCGCUGGCCAACCCGGCCGGCCAUAGCCUCACGGCUGCCAUGCAUGCAGCGGAGUUCUGGGUCGUCCCGGACCCAGCUAGCCCGCCCGUGGAAGUUCUGUGGACAGCUGGGCUGCAGGGUGGCUGUGUCGUGAACGCUGAGUAUGUGCAGGGUCGAGGCAUCGCCUUUGUCUACGACUGCGCCAUCAAGACACGCAGGAAAAUCUACAUAUGUGACAGAUUCGUGUCUGCGGAGCCUGGCCUUGCCGAUGUUCUGACACGAAGUCUUGCGAAAUCCAGCAGCCAGUGGCGAGUCCUCUCUUCGUGGGAUGAGUUUGCCGAAGCUUCGGAUCGGUGCUGUGGACCGCAGAUUGCAAGCCACAAGCGUCGAUGGUUGGAAGUGGUGGCACUGACAACACCGGAG